GUAGGAUUUUAUUUUUCAAAAAAGAGGUAUUCCGGCUUGAAAAUGUACUGAUCGUAGAGACACGGUUCCCAAUAGAACACGAAAGUCAAGCAUCACUGGUUGCGGUCAGUAAGCGGUUCUGUAAGAUGUCACGCACAAAAAAAGCUGCUAUUAUGGCUCGCAAAGAAAAAGCUGCUAAGAAGGCCCACACAAAAAAAAGUGCUAAAUUUAAAAAAAAUAGGAAAUUGCCAGAUGCUACUCCAUGGGAAGAACUUUCUAAGAAUAUCAAAGGAAAGUUAAAAUCUAAAAAUGAAAAUGAGAACCAAAAUAAAAUUCAAUCAAUAGUUUCUAAAGAUUCUGUUAAUGAGAAAAACAAUGACGAAUUAAAUUACCCGGAAACAAAUAAUGGUCAGUUACAAGAGAUAUCUCUUAAAAAUUCUCUUGAGCCUGUGCAUACAAAAAAGAAAAAACUGAAAAAUAAACUAUAUACAUCCACAAAAAAUAUCAGAAUUGACGCAAUAGUUAAGAAUAUACAUGAAAAUAAUCAAAAUGACUUAACUGAAAAAUUAGAGGAAAGCAAUGAUUGUGAAUCUUCUAAUCCAAAGGGGCAAGAAUCUUUGUCUGCAAAGCAGUUAUCAAAAUAUGAGAAAAAGAAGCUAAAAAAGCAAAAGAAAAAACUGUCUGAUUCAUCUUCUCCACUUCCAGCUGAGAAAUCAGAUAAUCCAGCACAGUUAAAAUCGAAGAAGCUAUCAAAGAGAAGAUUGGAGAAAAAUAAAUUGUAUGAAAAAAAGCGAUUGGAGAGGAGAAAAGAGCUUGGAAUAAUGCUGCUCCCUAAAAAUAUCGAAAGCAAAUUGUUACGAAUAAGAAAAGCUUUAAAAAAGAAAAAUUUAUCUACCGAAGAAAUCAAAGAUAUAAUGCGUAAAGAAAGAAGAAAAGCGCAAGAUGAAUUUCGGAAAUCUCACGCCAACCAGAUGUGUUUCAACUGUAGGAAACCUGGUCAUUUAGUAGCUAAUUGUCCUUCAAAUGAGGAUAAUAAAGCUGCUUCCAUUUGUUUAAAAUGUGGCUCAACUGAUCAUAAAUAUACUACGUGCAAAAAGGAAAUCACAGGUUUUCCUUUUGCUACCUGUUUCAUAUGCAAAGAACAAGGUCAUAUCAGUCGAGAUUGCCCCAUCAAUGAGCAUGGGAUAUAUCCUAAGGGCGGAAAAUGUAGUUUGUGUGAUAGUAUCAAACAUCUAAGAAAAGAUUGUCCAACAUUGAACAGUAAAAAGAAAGGCUCUUCUGUAACACUCAACACAAUUGAUAAAGGUACAAGCAUUGAUGAUGAAGUUGUGGACACAGAACAAGCGACUCCAAAAGUUAAAAUGGCAAAGCCUAAAGUUGUAGUAUUUUAAUUUUUGUAAAAAGGUAUUAAAAGUAUUCUGUUUAA